CUCUUGUCCGUGGUUCUGGGUGCCGCAUGCGCCAUGUUUCGAUGAUCAUGGACCCCGAGGAUGAUGGCGUCAAUCCUUUUUCAAGUCUGGGUCUUUGGAAGAUCUCCAAUUUCACCUUGCAGUCCCUCCAACCGCUGGAGCCCUUGUCAUGGAACCAUGACCUGCCUGAUGUAACCAGUAGCUUCUUCAAAAGCCCACUGGAUUUGUUUAACGGAAAAGAACCCAAGCUUCCCAGUCUAAAUCCCUUCGAAUUCGACCCAUUUGAUCUGGAACAACAACCGGAGUCCACUGUCGAUGCAUCCAGCGAUGGCCGAUCGAUUAUCGACGCUGACCAACAAGAAGACGAUGUAUUAGAGGAUAUUUGGGGUCCUGAGACCUUCAGUCACUAUUUUGGCAACCAAAGAACAUUGAAGUCAUGGGAGAGUUAUCAGCACCGAUGGCACCGUGAGCCCCCCUCCGCAUACUUCAGCGAAUCCGGCGCCAAAGGCUUUGAUGGAUCGUUGGCUCGUCAGUCCGCACCAAAGGAUCCCGGGGAUCCACAGCGCAUUGUGCGGAAUGACGUCCUCUUUCAAUCUCUAUUCAAGCUGGGAUUGGGCUGGAGCUCCAUCUUUUUCCGCUACAAUCGAGACCGGCGGAAAUUCGAGCAGGUACUCGGAAACAUACGCAUAACUGGUGUUAGCGUUUUAGCUCUGAGGAGCUUGACAGAUGAGCUGCUUGCCUGUGGAUCAGAUAUGCAAAGGAUACGCGAUUUCCUCGCCAAAAAACCUUCCAAAUCUCGCGAUCUCUCGGCUCUUUCUGCGCUUUCAAGUGCCACGGCGGUGAUCAUGUACACACUCGAAAAAGAACUCACGAAACACUCGAAGAACCUCGUGUCCCUCAUCCAGAUAAAGUCAUUGUUUCAGCGAAGCGGUGAGCUGGUAAGUGCGUUAGCGAAUAUGGUCGAGGCUGCUGAACACGCUGUCUCAGAGGCACAUUUGAUUUCCAUUAUUCUUGGCCAGGCUGCUCAUUAUUCUCACACCUUCGGUCAACUCGAAGAUCUCUUCCGUGAGGUUGUGGUUCGAAUAAUUGAACCUUUCUUGAGCUAUGUGGAAACUUGGAUUGGCUUCCGUCCGGAAACCUCGGCAUUGAUGGAGUUGGCAGAUAAGGGCAAAAGCUUCAUCUCCUUAGAAUCCCAUGACGAAGAUGCCAAGGGCGUUUCAAAGACGCCAAGAAUCGAUUUCAGAUAUCGCCCUGAUCAAAUGCCAUCUUUCAUUCCGACAGAUCAAGCACAGCUGAUCUUCGAGAGCGGACAAAGCCUUCGACUUCUCAGACGAUUUCGUCCACAGCAUCCCCUUGCGAGUACGACCUCCACCGCUCAUUCGCUUAAACUUCAAUGUGUCAGCGCUUGGAACGACAUUGAGAGAAUACAGAACAAGGCCUAUGAGUACGAAAAGAAACUUCGAACUGAAAUACUGAGGUAUAACAACGGGGAAGGCUUGGAGGAGGCAUCAACACAGUCUAUCACACAUAUUUCAUCCGGCGACAAAGACAAUGAUGUGAUUGCGGAUACCUUCGAUUUGUUCGACAUCGACGAUGAACAGAAUCUGAAAGGCUUACUUGCAAACCCGUCCUCCAUCGAAAAUGAUAAGAUUGGCCAAAUUCUUAAGGAAACAGAAACAUCAGAUCUAGCGUUACAGCAAGGUCACACGAGUCGCUUUGGGCCAGAUUUAAUCUCCUCGCUUUACUUAUCACUUGCACCGUUACUUUCCUCUCAGGCACUGCUGAUUGACUUCUCUUGUCUUCAUCUUUUGUUCAAGGAACACAAAAUUAGAUACCAUCUUACUUUGCAAUGGCGUUUCCAGCUCCUUGGAGAUGGAUAUUUUACAUCUCGCUUGUCUCACUCACUUUUCGAUCCAGAAAUGGAAAGUGGUGAGCGAAAGUCCGGGGUGGUCCGAGGCGGCGUUCACACCGGCUUGCGCCUGGGAAGCCGUGACACAUGGCCUCCAGCAAGUUCGGAGCUACGACUGGUGCUCAUAGGCCUGUUAAACGACUGUCGCAAUGCAGAUGAUCGCUCAGAGAGCUCAGGAAACGCUGAGUUUCGCAGAGACACAGAGUUACCGGGUGGCCUGAACUUCUCUAUCAGGGAUCUGACGGACGAAGAGAUCGUGAAAUGCAAAGAUCCAAAUGCCAUCGAAGCCCUGGAUUUUCUCCGUUUAUCAUAUAAGCCAUCAGAUGGGCUGGAAGAGAUCAUCACUCAUCAGUCUCUGAACAAGUAUGACCGGUUGUUCAAACACCUACUCCGACUCCUUCGAAUGGUUUCUGUUGUCAAAGGCCUCAUUCGUGAUUCGACCGCCAGAGAUUCUCUCUCCGGAGAUACGCGAAAUGUGCUUCAACGUUUCCGUGUUGACUGCCAACAUUUCGUCCUCGCCUUGGGCGAUUAUUGUUUCCACAUCGGAGUGGGAUCAACGUGGCAACGAUUUCAAGAUACCCUGUCGAAAAUCGAGUCUUGCCUCGAUAAGGGCAAUGUCGACGGCACUAUAGAAGCGGCUCAGUCUGUUCAUCGACUCCGUGACUACCACGAAGAUAUCCUGGAUCAGAUGCUUUUUGCACUCUUUCUCAGCAAAAGACACACGGAAGCGGCGAAGCUACUUGAGGGCAUCUUCUCCACAAUCCUCAAUUUUGCCCCCUUGUCAAGGCUUGACGGCAUGCGUGGUGUGCGCCAUGAGAGUGAAAUCACCGUGCGUCGGCUGUAUGCUGUUUUCCGGAAACAAACAUCGGCAUUCGUCGGCUAUCUGCGCAAUCUGGAUGGCAUCAAGGCGUCUUCGAAGUCUCUAGGUCGGUCUGGUACAUCCUUCGCAUCCAGGGAUUCGACGAGUGUUUUUGAACACCUUCUGGCGCGGCUGGAUGUUAAGAAGUAUUAUUAGUCUACUGAUAGAACGAUAUACAUUUUGC